AAUCUCUCCUCUCCGUCUAUUCAUUCCUUUUCUUUUACAUCCUCUUCAACUUCGGCGUCCGGAGAAAAAUAAAUCUCAAAAUUAUUCGAUUGGAGAAAGAAAAAAUAAGCGAAGAAAUUUGAAAACUCGUCUCUGAGUCUCGGAUCGGGAAUUUUGAAUUGGGAAAGCUUUUGAAGAAGAAAAAAAAAAGUUUAAAAAGAUUAAUUUUUUUGAACUUGGAUCUCUGUUUUUUUGUUUGAAUCGUUAAUUGGAAAGCUAAGGGACGAAGGAAAGAACCCUAAUUUCCGUUAUUGAGAUCUAUCUCUGGACGGGAUUAAGGGGCGAUUUUAAAAUCCGGAUUCUUGUUUUCCGCAUCGGGUUGUUGCUGGAUUGUUUUUGUACAUGCUUGUUGCUCGAUCUGGUUGUUCUAAAACCCUCAAUCGAAUGGGCAACGAUGAGAAUUUGAUUGUACUGGCGGAUGUAGAGGAAGGAGAGAUCUCCGGUUCGGUUAACAACACUUCGGUUGAAGUUAAGCAGACUACGGCGGCUGAUGGCGGAGACGUCGAUGCCGGAGUUAGAGGAGGAGCUAAUGGCAACUCCAGGGUCUGGACAAUGCGUGAUCUGCUGAACAAGUACCCUAGUUAUCGCGGAUACGCCAAUUCGGGUUUACAACAUUUUGCCUGGGCUCAAGCUGUUCAGAACAAACCUCUCAGUGAAGGUUUGGGGAUGGAUUAUGAGCCGAGAGAGAGCUCCGAGAGUAAGAGUGAGGAAGGUGGUGGUGGUGAUAAGAUUGUGAUUGACGACAGUGAUGACGAGAAAGAGGAAGGAGAGUUGGAGGAAGGGGAGAUUGAUUUGGAGGAGUCUGCCUCUGAUGGAAAAUUGGGUACUACAGUUGAGAUGGAUACUGAAUCAGUUAGUGCUAACAAAGUGGAAGAUGAUAGGAUUCAGAAGGAGAGAGAUUUGGAGAUCAAAGUGAGACUGAUCCGUGGUGUGUUGGAGAGUACCUCGUUGGUCGAAGCACAGACAGCAUUUGAAGGAGUUUGCUCCAGGCUUUUGGGGGCUUUGGAGUCUUUGCGAGAGCUGGUUUCAGAUAAUGAUGAUUUCCCGCAGAGGGAUACUUUAAUGCAACUGUCAUUUGCGUCUCUUGAAACCAUAAACUCUGUGUUUUGCUCGAUGAACAGUGUGUCCAAGCAGCUUAAUAAGGAGACUAUGUCAAGAUUGCUGUCUCUUGUAAAUGACCAUUUUUCCCGAUUUCUCUCAUCCAACCAGAAAUCUGAGAUAGAAGCCAUGAACCAGAAUUUAAGCCGUUCUGCUAUCGCACUUAAUGCUGGAACCAGCAGUGAGGAGAAUGUUAAUCGAAUGACUCGGACAAAUAAUAGUGAUUCUUUUCUAGCCAAAAAGCUGUCUUCAGAAGGUACACAUCGAGGAGCCUUCCACGUAAGGACUAGGCUGCCUCUGCUAGACCUUAAAAAGGAUCAUGAUGCAGACAGCCUUCCGUCGCCGACAAGGGAAACAACACCAAGCUUACCCGUAAAUGGCCGCUAUCCAAUGGUUAAACCAGGUUUCCCCUUUGGUAAAGAUGGCCAAACGACUGAAGUUGCUAAAGUCUAUCCAUAUGAGAGUGAGGCACUUAAAGCAGUUUCUUCCUACCAGAAAAAAUUCGGGCUUAAUUCAGUAUUUAAAGCAGAUGACCUUCCAAGCCCAACACCAUCGGAAGAGCCUAAUGAUGGCGAUGGAGACACUGGUGGAGAGAUUUCUAGCUCUGUUGUUACGAGCUCGAAGCCGCCGGGAGUUUAUGGGCAAGAUGUUCCUCUGCCUUCCACUUUUAACUCUAGAAGCGUGCCUGCUGCAAGUGCUGUUUCUAGCACUGCUCCACAACAUCAUCUGUCAAUUCGUGGUCUUUCCGCGCCAACGGGUGCUACUCAAACAAUUCUUGCAUCUGAUCAGACUGCAAGACCUUCUGCAAAGAGUCGAGAUCCAAGACUACGGCUUGCUCAACCUGAUGGCCCCAAUGUAACCAUUAGUCCGUAUUCAUCCGAGGACAUAAGAAAUCUUCCAAAAGUAGAGACUUUUGCAGACUUUGUGAACUCAAGAAAGCAAAAAGCCACUGAUGAACUGUUUAUUGAUGGGCAUGCAUGGAAAAGAAUAAAGAGUGAGAAGGAUGCGCCUAAGGCAGCUGGAAUUGGUGGCUGGCUAGAGCAUACGGAGCCAUCGGGGCUCCAAAAACUGGAUUCCAAGCCCAGGCCAAUUGAAAACGGAGUAACACCUAUGACAACAAGUGUUAUGGCCAUGAGUGCUGUUCCCGUGAGCCAAAAAGUACCGACGACAGCUUCAAGUGGCGCUGCGUCAUUGUCAUCUCUUUUGCAGGAUAUUGCAGUAAAUCCCACAAUGCUACUGAAUCUCCUUAAAAUGGGGGAAAUGCAAAAGGUACCAGAAAAAGCUCCUCAGAAGCCCAUCGAUCCAAGAAGAGCAGCACAGCUUCCUGGCUCUUCCGUGCCACCAGUGAUAGCUCCAUCACUUAGCAAACCUGUGUCGAAUGCUCCAGCUCCUAAUUUUUCACAGCCAGGAGCGCUUCAGGAUUCUUCUCAAUACACCCCAUCAGAGGAAUCCGGAAGCAUUCGCAUGAAACCGCGUGAUCCUCGCCGGAUCCUGCAUGGUAGUACUCUUCAGAAAACAGACUCUUUGGUGGAAAAGCAGUCCAAAAUGGUUGACUUCUCCACACUGGGAACCUUGGCUAUGAAGGGUAAGACAGAAGAGUUAGUGACACCUUCACAGCUUGUUCCACGGCAAAAUACUAGCCAGAACGGUAACAGCAAAAUGAAAAUUUCGGGUGAACUUCUCAGUGGAAAGACACCAGACAUUUCAACACAAUUCACUAAAAGCCUGAAAAAUAUUGCGGAUAUGGUUGUCGUAUCACAACAAGGUGCCAAUCCCCCAGCAGUUCCGCAUUCAGUAGAGCUUAAGACGGACAAAGAUGUUAAGCAUAGUACUUCAAAUCUGAACGACCAGGACGAGGGUGUGUCAGUUUCAGCAGCACCAGUAACGGUUGCAGGUCCCACUCGUUCCAUGAACAGUUGGGGAGAGGUGGAACACCUAUUCGAAGGAUACGAUGACAAGCAGAGAGUAGCUAUCCAAAAAGAGAGAAGUCGGAGGUUAGAGGAACAGAAGAAUAUGUUUUCAUCUCAAAAGCUCUCUCUUGUCUUGGAUUUAGACCACACCCUUCUCAAUUCAGCCAAGUUUCAUGAGGUUGAAACCGCCCACGAGGCGAUGUUGAGAAAGAAGGAAGAACAAGAUCGUGAGAAACCAUAUCGACAUCUCUUCCGCUUCCCCCACAUGGGAAUGUGGACUAAAUUGCGGCCAGGGAUUUGGAAUUUUCUGGAGAAGGCUAGCAAGCUGUACGAAUUACAUCUUUACACUAUGGGCAACAAACUGUAUGCCACAGAGAUGGCCAAACUGCUUGAUCCGAAAGGGGUUCUCUUUAACGGGCGAGUCAUAUCGAAAGGAGAUGAUGGAGAUCCCAUUGACGGAGAUGAACGAGUACCCAAGAGCAAAGAUUUAGAAGGAGUUAUGGGUAUGGAAUCGUCUGUGGUGAUCAUAGACGACUCUGUCCGAGUGUGGCCUCAUAACAAAAUGAAUUUAAUAGUUGUUGAAAGAUAUACUUAUUUCCCUUGCAGUAGACGGCAAUUUGGGCUUCUUGGUCCUUCUCUUCUUGAGGUUGAUUUCGAUGAGCGACCUGAAGAAGGCACAUUGGCAUCUACAUUAGCGGUUAUUGAGAAGAUACAUAAAAGUUUCUUCUCGCACGCUUCACUAGACGAAGCAGAUGUGAGGAAUAUUUUAGCUUCCGAGCAACGGAAGAUAUUGGCUGGUUGUCGGGUUGUAUUUAGUAGGAUAAUCCCAGUGGGUGAAGCCAAACCGCACUUGCAUCCAUUGUGGCAAACUGCUGAGCAGUUUGGUGCUGUCUGCACGACCCAGGUGGAUGAAAAUGUCACUCAUGUUGUCACAAAUUCUCUUGGAACCGACAAGGUGAAUUGGGCACUAACCAGGGGUAAAUUUGUUGUUCAUCCUGGCUGGGUGGAAGCAUCAGCUUUUCUAUACCAGAGAGCGAACGAAAGCAACUAUGCCAUCAAACCAUAAACCAAAUCCAUUUUCUGCCCACUAAAUAUCCAUAACAAGGCCUGAAAACCCAAUAGGUCAUAUCGGGUUGAUUAGGCUAAGGCCCUUGGGGGUUGUCUGCCUUGUCGGGUACGAGGUACAUAAGCAUUCUUUCGCUCCGAAAAGUGGCAAUGCAAUCCAUAAAAAUGCCAAAAGUAUUGGGGCUUUUAACGAAACAAACUCCGUGUUGUGUCUACUAACUUUGGGGAGGAGGAGGGUGAAGGAAAGUGAUCCGUAUCUGGAUAUAAAAAACUAACACCAGAGAGACCCUGUAGAAAGUGAGGAUGGGUCAGGGUCGUCAUGUGCCAAGGAGAGGCUCAUGUUCAAGUUUUGUCUUCGUCUGUUGUGGUAUUUAUACUAUUGUCGGAAGCAAUGCUCUGAUGGGUGCCGAAGUUGAGUGACUGUACCAAAGCUACGAUUGAAAUGUUCAUGCCUUCCUUAUCAAUCCCCAGAAUUAAACAUGGUCGGAGAAAGCAAAUUCAUUAAGACAGAGAUACUACAUUUAACUCUUACUUGACUCUUAAGUUUCACUGAGGUCCCGACUCUUUAAGAAAAAGGAACUUAAAAUGAACCCUCAGAAUCUCUGUGCUUGUGUAUGCACCACUUGGUUUAUCAUUUAUGGGAAGCAGUUUAACAACUAAUAAACGUUGGUGAAAAAAAUUGCACAUAUAUACACUAUGGUGUAACUUAAAAAUUUAAUUUCACAAAAGUGAUUUUUAACUAUUUUGAUAAGUAGAAUAAGAAGAUCAUUUAAUGUUUAAGAUAAAGUUAAAUUUGAAUCUAACACUUGGACCUUUAUGUAAAUAUCGAAUCUAGAAUUUUUCUUACAGUACCGAACAUGUGGACACGUAUUUUUGUAAGCGG